AUGAGCAGCAGGCUAUCCAGUGUCAGCGAGCCCUCAGACCAGAGUGGCUCUCUGAGGCGAACGAUCAGGCUGGGCCAUCCACCUGCAAAAACACUCUCCAGGCCACGACUUCGUGACGGGAAAUUGAGUCAACUUCUCGAAAAGACUAAGCCAAAGAAACGCCAAUCCAUGGAUGAGGCAGAGCUCAUAGAGUCUUUGAAGACGCUUCAAGGAACUCAGGUAUUUGUGACAGACACGACACUAUCUCGCACCCAAAAUAGGACUACAGUCGACACGAACAGAAAUGCAUGGGCCCUUGAUGCGACCGCUAACCCAUCUUUGAGAGACAAGUUCGAACAGCUGGGGUUGGCGGUAAGCGAAUACAAUAUUGCUGCGUCUCGUGAAAAACGCGAGAUUGUGAUCAAAGAUGGCUGCAAGCUUCAAGAUGUACUAGCUCAGGCAAACGCCUUGCAGGAGGCCAGAUCUACAAACAAAGACGAUAAAAGCCUCAACAGCAGCAUACAGGCAGGCUUGCAGCAAUUUUGCAAAUCGACUCUCCAUUAUGCUGCAGUCAUGGAUACACUGGCACAACAUCAUCCUGAAUGGGUCAGUCUAGCUUGGGGAACGAUGAAGCUGUUGCUCAUGAUUCCGAUCGAGUACCAAAAAGUCAAGGAAGGUAUUGUUACCAAUCUUGGACGUAUAGGGAGUAAGCUGGAGCUCGUGAGCCUACUGUUGUCUUUCUAUCCAGUUGAGAGAAUGACAAAUGCGGCUGCGGCCAUCUACGCGUCGAUCGCAGAUUUCCUGGCAUUUUGUCUCCGGUACUUGCGUAUCAAAACCUUCAAGACGAUGGUCGCACCUUUCGACACCAGGCUCGGGCCCAUUCUCAAGACCAUUGACGAGAAUUACGCCAUCCUGAGACAAGAAGCUGAAAUCCAGUUCAUGAUAUAUCAGUUUCAACGACACUGCAGUAUGCAGAGAGAUUUAUUUGAGAUCAAAGAAGAUCAUGGGCGAAUCAUUGGAGUACUAGAAGAGAUAAUUCGUAGGGAUGACAUGGAUCGAGAAAGAAGAAGCAAAACGAUAGAUGCAUCUGAGAAUCUUGACCGGAAACUUCUGAAACCGCCCGAGCUCGAGAUAUGCGAUGAUUUCUUUCAGGACCUACUUCCCCUGGACAGAAAUCUACAUCAAGUCCAUUUCCAAUUAGAUCUGCUACCAAUGUCUUAUUUGGUAGAGAGCAGCAAUGUCCUUCGUCUUCCUUCAUUCCAGUCAUGGCUAAGCAGUUCAAAAUCUGGUCUUCUGUGGGUAGAUGGGUAUGAGAUACCUCGCCGCCCUAGCUGGACGACGGACUUGUCUCAAAAGAUUGUGCGUGCAGCUACGGAGAGCGGCUACGAUACACUUUCGUAUUUCGGGAGCCUACAUCGAGGGAGUGACGACGAUGCACCAAAGCCGCGCGCUCUCGUGCAGAGCCUGCUUUUCGGCAUGCUUCAGAAGUUUCCAACAGUGACUUCACAUGGCGAUCGGAAGCUAUUCAACGCCGAGAUCUUCGUUGCUGCUAAAUCAAACCUGGACCUUUCAUGGAGAAUCUUCGUGGAAUGUCUGCGCGCUCUUCCAUCUUCCACCAUCUACAUCAUGAUAGAAGGCGUUGAUCACUUCAGCGUGGCUGGGGAUCAAGCUACCGAGUUCGAAUCUUUGCUGAAACGCCUAAGCACAUUGUCAGCUGCUCUAUUGGAUGAUAAAGUAGUCAAGCUUGCCUUGACGUCUGUUCGACCAAGCGCAGGAUUUCAGCACCUGUUUCCCAACCUAGAGAGACUCGAGGUUUAUCAUGACCACAAGCUACUUAUACGCGUGCCAGCUGCAGCCGCGCGAAGACGCAAACCCCGAUCAAAGUUGCAGAAGAAGAGACAAUCGCCCCUUUAUUCCCCAGGACCAACGUUGGAGCCAGAACCGACUGAUAUGGGUAGCGACUUUGCCCCUUCUGACUCAAGUGUGGACAGAGGCGGCAAUGUCAGCGACUCAAGCUCAGACUUCGAUAUCUUUGGUAAAGGCAAGAGGGAGAUAGGCCGUGUGAGAUCCUCUUGGUCAAGUCCGACUCCUGAACAUGGCCGGGCGAGUCCUCUUCAACUUGAUUCGGGGAAGAAGGCGAAGUUGGCGGGAGAACAAGAGGCCGAGGAUUCCGACAGCUCAUUCGAAAUAUAUGAGGCGCCUACUGCUGCGUUGCCUGAGCAAAGCCCAGCCAGCGAAGGAGACCUUUCGGAUUUUGCACCAUGA